ACACACACAUCCACGCACGCACUCAUACCCAGACACACACACUUAUCCCACCACCACCACCACCACCAUCACCACCAGCAGCACUCCAAGGGAGAGAAAGCAAAGGAUCAAAGCCCAGGUGGCCACUGUCGUACUCUGCCAUCCCGCUGAGCCUCCUGCCAGCCGGCAUAGCGGCAUUCUCCUUCUCUUUCUUCUCCUUUUUCUUCUCCUCUUCCUCCUCUUCCUCCUCCCCUGAAGACACUUCAGCCUCCAAGAAUCUCCCCUGCAGCAGCAGCAGCAGCAGCAGCAGUAGAGGAGGAGGAGGAGGUGGUGGUGGAGGUGGGGGCCAUCCGAAAAGCAGUGUCAAGGAUCCUUGCCAUUCGGAGUCCCGAGGAUUAUACACCCAGGAAUCCUAUGCUACUAUUUAGACGCUAAAAGCGCUUAUCUAAAGUGUGGGGGAAGAAUCCCAUUUGAGUACCACUGUGCACAUACAAAAAAUAUCCCUUGGAUUCUUGAGAAGAGGAAGGGGGAGUUUCGAGAGCAUGGCAUCUCCGGAAGGUGCCAACAAUAUGCCUAAGCAGGUUGAGGUGCGAAUGCUCGAAAGCCACCUGAUAUCUGAGGAGCCGAAGCGCAAAAACCUGUGCUUAAGGUUUUGUGACACUCUCCGAAGAAAUCUCCUACUUUCUCUCACAGUAUUUGGAGUCAUUCUGGGAGCAGUGUGUGGUGGUCUUCUUCGCUUGGCAACUCCUAUUCACCCAGAUGUAGUCAUGUUAAUAGCCUUCCCUGGAGACAUCCUCAUGAGGAUGCUAAAAAUGUUGAUUCUCCCCUUAAUCAUCUCCAGUUUAAUCACAGGACUCUCAGGCUUGGAUGCUAAAGCAAGUGGUCGGUUGGGAACGAGAGCCAUGGUUUACUAUAUGUCUACCACUAUCAUUGCUGCUGUGCUGGGGGUUAUUCUGGUAUUAGCCAUUCACCCAGGAAACCCCAAACUCAAGAAGCAGCUGGGACCAGGGAAGAAGAAUGAUGAAGUAUCCAGUUUGGAUGCCUUUCUGGACCUUAUCCGAAACUUGUUCCCAGAAAAUCUUGUUCAAGCUUGUUUCCAACAGAUCCAGACAGUGACGAAGAAAGUUCUGGCUGCUCCUGAGCCUGAGGAGGCUAAUGCUACCAGCUCCAUCAUUUCCCUGCUGAACGAGACAGCAACUGAAGCCCCAGAGGAAGCCCGGAUGAUGAUCAAGAAGGGACUCGAGUUUAAGGAUGGGAUGAAUGUCUUAGGCUUGAUAGGUUUUUUCAUUGCUUUUGGCAUUGCCAUGGGAAAGAUGGGGGAACAAGCCAAGCUAAUGGUGGAAUUCUUCAACAUCCUGAAUGAGAUUGUAAUGAAGUUAGUGACUAUGAUCAUGUGGUAUUCUCCCUUGGGUAUUGCCUGCCUCAUCUGUGGAAAAAUCAUUGCAAUCAAGGACUUAGAAGUGGUUGCUAGGCAACUAGGCAUGUACAUGGUAACAGUCAUCGUGGGUCUCAUCAUCCAUGGAGGCAUCUUCCUGCCCUUACUUUACUUCGUAGUGACUAGAAAAAGCCCUUUUACCUUCCUUGCUGGCAUUUUCCAGGCAUGGAUCACUGCUCUGGGCACCGCUUCCAGUGCUGGAACCUUACCUGUCACCUUUCGCUGCCUGGAGGAAAACCUGGGAAUUGACAAGCGGGUAACCAGAUUUGUCCUCCCAGUUGGAGCUACCAUUAACAUGGACGGAACAGCUCUUUAUGAGGCUGUGGCAGCCAUCUUUAUUGCCCAGAUGAAUGGAGUGGUACUGGACGGUGGACAAAUCGUGACCGUAAGUUUGACAGCCACCCUGGCCAGCGUUGGAGCUGCCAGCAUACCUAGUGCUGGACUGGUCACCAUGCUUCUAAUUCUUACAGCAGUGGGCCUCCCUACUCAGGAUAUCAGUUUGCUUGUUGCUGUUGAUUGGCUGCUGGACAGAAUGAGAACCUCGGUGAAUGUGGUGGGCGACUCCUUUGGCGCUGGCAUUGUCUACCAUCUAUCCAAGGCAGAGUUGGACAGCAUUGAUGCCCAUCACAAAGGCCAAGAAGACAUCGAAAUGACCAAGACACAGUCAAUUUUUGAUGACAUGAAAAACCAUAGGGAAAACAACUCUAAUCAAUGUGUUUAUGCGGCACACAACUCUGUCAUAGUAGAUGAGUGCAAGGUAACACUGGCAACCAAUGGCAAAUCGGCAGACUUCAAUGUUGUUGAAGAAGAGCCCUGGAAGCGGGAAAACUAGGAGAAAGACUCCCAGCUACAUCUUUAAUAAACUCCCUGAAGCUAUCCUAUGGUAAAAGAUGAUGUAAAGAUUAAACAAACCUUCUUAAAAAAGCAAUCCUACUUACCUGAGAUGUAGAGGAAUUAUGAAAAAGUAGUCACUGUAGGUACAUUGUCUUUGCCAAAUAACGGUUUAUAACCCCUAACUAUCUCCCUUGUAUUACUGUUUGAAUGGAUGCAACUGGAGGAUAUGGUUUGAAUUAAAGGCAAAAUCUCACCAGGCUUCCCUUUCCCUCAAGAUGCAGAAUGUAGAGUCUAUUUCCACAGAGGAAAGAUGAAAACAUUGCUAAGUGAGUGAGACUUGCUCCAAGGACUCAGGGCAACAAAGAAACACACAAUAUAUACUAUUCUUUAAAGUAUUCUCACUUCCUCAUCUGGUUAAUCACAAGAGAAUCCACUCUCAUCAUGUAGCUAGAAUUCUUCUUUAAAUUCUUUAUAUUAUUUUCACAUGUGCUUGAUUAAAAGUAAGCAUCUGCUACUGGGGAUGCUGAAUAUCCACUUUUAAGUUACCCUUUAAAUUAAGCGUCUCAAAUAGUUUUUUCUUCGGAUUAAACUAAACUGUUAUACUCACUGAAAUCAGUUGAUUAUUAGACACCCUGAAUUUCAUUGUCACUGUGAAAGACGUGAAAUCGUUCUUGAAAUUCAAAGGUAUGUUUAGUAACGUGUAUGUGUUUAGUAUAUAAUGCUGCAUUAUUCAAACUAGAUGUAUUUUUUUAUUUAGUAAGUUAAUUUCAUUGUUGGUGUAGAAGAAAUACACACAUUUUUAUGUUUAUAAUAAUUGAGGAAAUGUAAAAGGGACACAAUCAACCCAAAUCUCAUCAUGCUUCAUAAAUAAGACAAUUUGUUCAUAUUUACUUUGUGUUCAGCUGUGUGAGUGAAGAUAUAGCGAAUGUUUGGACCUUUCUCUAUCAGGGUGAUUAAUGACAGAAGGUUGACUUUUCCUUAGGUUGUAAGUUUUUGAGUACCUGUGAUGAAUAACAGCCUUGUGAUUUAGAGUCAAAACAUUUUGGGGGACAUUCUGCCCUAAUCAGAUACUUUCUGUCAAAUAGCCUUGACCCAAGCACAUCCAUUUUUCUUAAUUCUUGGAGUUUAGUUGACUGUGUCACUUUUAACAAUUCUUUAUAAUCAAGUUGUAUUUGUUUAAUUUACAAAGAUAGGAAAGAGACUUAAUUUGAAGCACCUUCUUUAUCAUACAUUUACAUUAAAGCUCACAUCAAUUUUUUCUGGCCCUACCUUCCCCUAUGACAGGGAAGCGAAAAAAACCAGGUAAUUAUCAUAAGGAGAAGAAAAUACAUCGUUCCUGUAAUGUAGUCGAUUCAUCAAGCCUUAAACCAUGAAUGGCAAGAGAAUGGUCAAUCCUAGAGACUUUAAGGAAUGCAUUCCUUUUGAUAUAUGAAAGUUUGGGUGAACUCUAAUGAUAUUAACACAGCUUUAGAGUAGAGAAAGGAGUAUUUGAGUAAGCCUAUACAAGAGCAAACUUGUUUUUAAACUGUCCUUGUCAUUCAUUUAUAUUUGGUAAGCAUCACAGUAUUUCCCCAGAAGGCCUAGGUUCAAAAUUUUUCAGUGACUAAGAGUAAUGAUAAAGUUAAGUCCUCAGGCACCCCUGUACAGAUGGUGUGAGGAUCCAGGAUACACUGUGGAUUAAGAAGUGUUCAUGGAGAGUUUGAAAGACUGUACAAUCUUAGCUUCCAGCUAUUUUUGAUGUUGGGAUAUUUUUAUGGACGUCUAUCCCAUUCUUAUUUUCAUUGGCUUUCUGCAACCCUCCUCUUCCAAAUCAAGAACUGCUCCAGCUUAGAAGAAAUGUGGGAUACUAUCCAUUCUUUUAUCUUGGAGAGCAGGAGUUGUUGGACAAAGAGCAGUAUUAAGCAAGAUCAUAUUUUGCAAAUGGCACCCCUAGGUUUAUAGGAAUCAGGACAGCUAAGGAAAUGCUGAGGUGGAUCAUCUUCUACUUCCUACUGCAAGUUGGACAGUCAACUUCCCCAUGGUGAAAUAGAAGAGUUCAAAGUCCCAGGCUGAUAUAUUCUGUGGCCUGGCACAGAGCUGAGAUCUGUACUUCACCAUGUAAGCCUCACAGAGUAUUUCUGUAUGUAGAUAGGUAAGGGAGAAGGAAAAUCCUUAGCACUGAAGGGGAAAGUGAUUUAGAGCCUUCGAUUUUGCCAUGCCAUCCCACCUUCCUACUCAAAGUUUUGCCCUGAAUCUCCCUGAGAGGUCAAUCUGAGCCCCACACUCCUCCCUUGAGCUCAUUGUCUUAUGACUUUGGGGCUUUUCCACACAGAAUGUUGAAACAUAUCCUUCCCAACCCUUCUCAACCCUCCUACCUGUUCACUUUACCCUAUGCUGAAUGGGGUCUGGUCCAGGUCUAGCUCAGGUCUGGCCCAUUCUCAGUUUCCCAGUUGUAAUUAUUUUCCCCUUUCUGCCCAUUUUGGGCUUGCUUAGCCCAGUGUAUGUGCCAUAAGAAGACAAAUGGUUUCCAAGUAAAUGUUUAACAUAUCCUUUUCUAAAUAUGACAUUUAUGAUAUUUCUGUUAUUUUUUUAGAUAGUCUAAUGUAUGUGAAACUGUUGUGACCCUCCUGUGACAUUUUAAUAAGAUUUUAUAAAUAGAAAUAUAUUUACAUUACAUAUAGGCCAAAUCCACUAAGCCCAUGAACAGAAAAAGUCAGUCUUUGUGUCAGUGUUUUGGCAUCAUGUGUUAUAUACUUGAUCUUCACUGUUUCUUAGGUCUCUUUUUAGGAACCAAUGAGUCAUUGAGGAAGAAACACAGCCAGCACUUGCCCUUUACCUUUGCUCAUAUAUAGAGGCAGAUUUGAAGAAGCAUUUGAUUAUUUUCUAGAAAAUAUUAAGUUUGAGGUAGCCUGGGAAAAUGGAGUAAAUGGAAAUGCAGUAGUUUUUUCCAACCAAGAGUAAAUUAUAGACUCCAGGGCAGGAAACUCCUUAGCAGAGUCUGAGUUACCCUGCUUCCGGGAAAAGAACUGUCGUUACCUUUCUCAGUGGGCACACACAUUGGAUGCUACAUCUCCUUAGCUAAGCCCUAAAGUAGAGGUGCCAAAAAACCCUGGGAAUGUCUGAAGCCCUGUACUUUCUGGGAUAAAUAGAAGCCAAGAAUGCUGGAAUGCUUGUAGAACAGCUUAGCUGUAGGAGAUUUGCAGCCUAGUUUUGGGAAACCAAAAAUCCCAUUCAUGUUGGAUGAGAUUUGGGUUGUUUUUUGUCAAAGGGAAGUGUAUUAUUAUAAAAACUCAGGCACACCCAAUCGUUUGCAAAAACACUGAUAAAUAUUCUUAUUGUACUAAAUAGCUACUUAACAAUGAUUUGCAAAUAAUCUGCUCAGCCAGUACAGAAAGCACCACAAUUUUGUUGCUUCUACAAGUACAAUGCUAUAAUUCACUUAACUUCGUCAAUAUACAAGUUGUCUAGAGGCAUUUUUCUGGGCCAAGGCUAUUGGCUUUCUGAUAUUUUCAGCUACAGCAAUAAACAAUAAAGUCCUUCUUCACAGAUUGUAGUUUAGGAAAUCAAAUCUCUGUAGUUAUUGUUUGGUUUGGGGAAUAAAUUGUUCCUAAAUCACACUCAAAUGUAAUUUACUUCUCCCACUUUGAUGACUCUCCUCCUCUUAUGUAUCCUCUUUUGGCCUCAUUUUUGUUCUUUUACAAAAUUCUCCUCCUCCUCUUAUGUAUCCUCUUUUGGCCUCAUUUUUGUUCUUUUACAAAAUUCUCCAAAGCCAAAAAUAAAGGCCUGAACUUAAACACAGUUUCUUUCACGGCUACAGUGGUCCCAUUCCCAUUAAGACUCAAUCCAUGCCUUUAAACUGGCAUUUGGGACCUUACAGAAAACAAUUUCAAGCAAGAACAAUGAAUAGCAAGAUUUUUAGAGAUGUCUUUGUCAGAAAAGAUCAUGAAUUCACAAUCUGAGGUAACUGCUAGCCCAUGAGUGACAAGUGUCUUCCAUUUCUGGCCCACAACGUAACUAAACUCAUCAGAUUUUAGUGAUUUUGGAAUUGCUUAAGGUAUGGAAUUUCUCUGACCCAACUGCAUUUCACUGAAUUUCCCUGGAAAAUAUGAGCCAGCUUGAAUCCAUUUCUUCAUUCUCCGUUAAGCCAUGUUACUUCUUAAUGACCUAAUUUGAGAAAUGAUUGCUUGGGCAAAUGCUUCUUGAGUCAUAUUUGUAAUUCAUCAUUUAGAGUUCUUCAAAUAAGUUGAUCACUUGAACCUUUUACUUUUUGGUAAGCUCCUUGUCCUCUUCUGUCCUGUCUGGGCCCUAGGUUUCAGGGUCCACAAUACUGGUCCUGAGUUUUGCUUUCUUGUGUUGGAGGGUAGAAAGAAGAAUCCUUCCUGAAAAGAAAAAACAGUGUGCAGGCAUUUAGGUCAGAGAAUCAUUAUUUGGGAAUUGGGGAGAUGAAAAUCUAAACUUUUUCCUGCUCCACAGCCUUUCAGUGGACUCUAUGGGAUUUGUGUGCUGAAAGCAAUAUUACAUGCCUUAUUGCUAAGUGCAAUACCACAGGGGCUGACCACACAGAGAAAGUCUCUUUCUCUUGUUAGCAGAGAUGUCUAUGCUGUGUUCGUGUUCAUUGUGAGUCCUCUCUUUUCUCUAUGUGGGAUGAAUUACAAGUAAAUACUUAUCUUUUGGGCCAUCUUCUGUAAGGGAAGAAAAAUCCAAUAUAUCUCACUUUUAGGCUUUUCAGAAUUUGAUUAAGGUAUGGCUGUGCUCUUCCUUGAAGCUGGCAUUAGGCCUCAGGUGGGGAUCACUUCUAGAUGAAUCCUUUGCAAGGUGAAUGUCCUUUAAACUAAUUUUACAAAUAGCAGAGUCAUAUGGCUCAGGGGAAAUUGCACAACCAUUUUGACAUCUGUGCUCUUCCACUUUACCUGCAUUACUGCAUCAUUCUUGUUGUAGCAACACAAUGCAGAGCUGCUCAGAAUGCCCAUUUUGGGGAGUUUUCUCAAAAGAGCAUUAAUUACUAAUCCAGUUGGGGAUUGCAGGAGCCAUUUGCAGAGAGAAUAAGCAACCCUUGGAUAAGACUUUGUGCAGAAUUUACACCACUUUAUUUUAAAUUAUUUGUAAAUAACUUUUCUUUUUCUCCUUUCUGUUUGUUCUUGUGUCUAUAUAUAUAGACACAAGAAGAAACAUACAUACAUAUGGACCUAAAUAAAUGGACCUACAUUUGCACAUUUAAACGGAGGUAUCUCUAGCUAUGAGGAUAGAUACAUCCAUAUCUUCAAAGAGCUGUGAAUAGUUGUCUUAAAUCAAAUCUCUUAACUUGAUCUUUACUGUGGAAUAUGUCUUGAUCUCACCCCAAAGCAAAUAAUUAGCAUAAAUAGGCUAGUAAUUGCACAUAGUGAUAGUUCAAAAUGCUUGAGUUUUGCAUAAUGAUAAUUACCUUUUGGCAACAAUUGUGAUUUCAUGAAACAAUAUUGUACUGUAAAGUAAUGCCUUCAGCAUGUCCUUCCUGUUCAAAUGUACUAUUAUUUCUGCUAAAGCUACAAUGGGAUAAUUGUUUUUAACUACCUUACUCUGUGUUUAAACUGCUAAUGAAUAUAGGCUGUAUUUCGGACUAUAAAGAAUAUGUUAGUAAAGAACCCUGGUAAAAUAAAGAUGGAGUAGAUAAGGGUGAGGAAAGAAUCCCUUCCAUUUUCCCUACUUUUCUCUAGUGCAGUUUUCCUAUCGAAGUCUUUGUUUAUUAAAUGGCAUGACAGUAAAGCAUCAAAUAGCAAUAAGGCCGGAGGAAGAUGAAUUAUAAUUAUAUCAAGGAUAUCUCUCUCAAACAUGAAAUCACUAAAGUUCUUGGUUGACCCUCAAUAUAAUUAUAAUAUUAACAUGUUAAUCUUCCUUGCAUAUUACCCUGCCUCUCCUCCUCUUCCUCCUCCUCCUUAACCCCUUUAACCACAUAUCUCCUUUCCUAGUGAUGGUUUUGAGGACCUUGAGUCAGUCCUGUUCUGCUGAGGUAUUAAUGGCAAAACCAGCUAGGGGAAGUAGGCUGCAGUGAUGCUCAUUUCUCAAUAAAUCCCAGCCCAUGCAAGCUUCUCUUCUGAGAUUUGGUCUUUUAAAUCAUCCCUCAGGCUCCCCUGUUUUCUCAGGAGUUAGAAACAUCGGAACAUAAUUUUGGUUUGCCACAAAAAUGAUUCCUAAUGGAGAUGGUUGUGGUGCUGUGAACCCCUCUGUGAGAACUCCAAGCAACACUGAGAGUGUGCUUCUACAGGAGGGCAUACCCACUGAGAUAAGAAACAAUACAGGCCUCCAGGAAAGUGGCCUAUGAAGACAUUUUCUGAUUUUCUAUGGUACUGUCUCAUCCGCAUGAGAAGAAUUGCUCUUCAGAUCUUUAGUACUCUGAUUUUUUUUAACAGACAAUGGGUUCCAGAUUUUCUAAAAUAACUUUAAACUCCUCCAGGAAAAAAUAAACAUUGGGUUUCUAGGUAACAUAAUAAAGCCCCGGCUGUCUGCUCGAGAUUUGUAUACAAGAGGAUACCUUCGCUGGGAUUUUUUGUAUUGUAUUUUAUAAUUUGUUUUCUACAGCCAGGGAAGACAGCUUGCAAAAUGUGUUUAUAAUUUGAUUUUUCUGCCAGCAGUACAAUUCUAGGUUUCUCUUUAGGGCCAUAUAGUCUCAUGAGCAGCAAGUAGACUGUUUUUGGAAAUGAGUUUUGAGGCAAAAUCCACAGAUUUCCACUAGCCUUUUUCCAGUUUUUCCCCCAAUGAUCCCCUGCACUAUCAGGCAGUUUGUACUCUUACUACAAAUUUUUAUUUAUAGAAUGCAUGGCAAUAUGUAUUUAUACGUCUCAGAGAAUAUAUAGUCAUUACUAAUUUAACCUUUAUACUGAUUUUAUGGGUUUGAACCUAUUCAGAAACCAUAGAGAACUACAGUGUAAACAGAAGGAAACUAUUUAGCAUAUGUAAUUUACAGACACAGAUAUAUUCUUAUAGUAUUUUCUAUAUGACCACAAACAAUAGGGAAAUAAUUCUAUCUAGAGCAAAACAAUUUUUAUAAGGAUUUUUAGAGUAGUGACAUUUUUCUGUAACAUAAAGCAGCAUUUGAGAAAUUUCAGAAUAAAGUACCUAAUGAAGCAAAGAACAUAACUACCAAGAGGAAAAAAGAAUUCUGUAGAAAACCUAAUAUUAUGACAAAAUAUUCUUUUAGACUGACUGUCUCUAGUCUAGAAGCUUUCUGAUCCCUAUUUUUAGCACUGAAUCCAGUCAUCCAUGGCUAAGAGUGUAACUUUGCCUUUAUAUAUGUGAUCAAGGUUAUAGAAGUGGAAUUGUUUUUACUGAGAAACACAUAUCAGAACUCCCCCCCACACUUUCAAAACUGUCUAUAAGGAAAACAAACUGCAUAGCUGUGUUUAGGGAAAUAUAAAUGGGGGAAAAGUGAUGGGAAGGGGAGCGUUCUUGUGGUUAAUUGCUGUUAAGAAAAUACCUGUUGAGCCUCACCUUAUUUAAGCACAUUUAGAAUUAAAAUUGAAAUGAGUGCUAGAAUAAACAAGAUACAAACUGGGUCAUAAAUUCCAUUAUGGGUAAGUAAGUCUCCUCUCCCAUUGGGAUUUAACCAGAAGCACUUUGGGGUAAAAUCUAACCCUGUGUUGUGAAUACUCUUUCUUCCACAAAUUGUAAAUUUAUCACAAACUGUGAAGUAGACCCUUCAAGGAAAGGGACUUUUGUUAUCACAACAGUCACACUUUUUGAAUCUGAUUAUAGGGCCAGUGUUUAAGGUGGUUAUUUGUCCGUGAGAUAUUCAGAAGUUUCCUUAAGAUACAUGGACACAGAGGUUUUCUUUAUAUGUACUUUACUUCGAAGCUGAAAUAUCAGGUAUUCUCUUAACUGAAGUUGAACACAUAUUUUUUUCUCUGUGUACUGUCAAAGUAUGAAGUUCUUAAGUUUUUACUUUGUUUCAGCAUGAAGAACAGUGCCUCUUCGCACUUUGUGUAGAUAAUAUAGGUAUCUGUGUGUAAUUUCAGUGAAAUGAUGUAUAGAUGUAUUUUAAUUUAAUAAUUUUUAUUUCUUUGGCUGUGAACUGGAAUAGAUGUUUGUAUUUUGAAAACACUUUUAGUUGUGUUACUAUGAAUCUCUCUCUUAGUAAUGUAAAUUUUCUAUGUAUGUAAACACAUAGAUAAAUAUCUUGCCUGUACUCACAAUUUUCAAAAUUAAAUAUGCAGCCAAGAUGUUUGUAAAUACUUAAUAAGGAGCUACCUAACCAGCAUAGUCCAUGUGGAUGGAUGGAGUGUGUGGGUGUGCACGUGUCAAGUUUCCUUGUUCUUAGUGAAAAGCAUCACACUACUCAUCUAAUGCACUGUUAAGUGUAACUGUGGCACUUAUACUACCAUGAGCAUUAAUUAGCUGUAGAACGAUGACAUUAACCUAGGUGUCUUGUUCACUUGGCAUGUUUGACUUGUAGUGACGUAAGAUUAGUCAGUUACUAGGUAAAUUAGCACAAGGGUCAUAAGGAAAACUUCAACCUUGCUCUGAGGUGAUUGAACUUGAAAUGCCAUGCUCACUUCUCAGAGAUUUACAGGCCACCUGGCUCCCUGGACUGCCUCCAGUUGCCAGUUAGUGGCAGGGUGAAGGGAAGUCACUGAUUUCUGGAUCUAUGACUAAAGCCUUCCUUGAACCCAGGCCUCCAAAAGCACAUCUUUGCCAUGUCCUCUCAAAGCUGACACUGCAGCAGUUUUCAUCGUCCAAAUCAGCUGGGGGUGGGGUGGGGUGGGGGAUGGGGGGAGGCAGAAACAGAAGCACAGAGAGUCCAGAAUGCUGCAUUGGUGUAAGAAUGGAGAAGAAUGAUGCACAAAACCAAGAAUGAUAGUAUUGGGAAAAGGCAAAAAAAUAUUUUUGGUGGUAUAAAUUUUGUUUCGCCUUUACGACUUCCAAUAUCUAUUUGCCUCUGGAAAUAGCACUCUUUAAAUUAUCAUUGAAUUAGAUACUGUGAGAACUAUACUACCUAUAGGAAUUGAUAAAAACGUGGCUUCUGUCCAGAAAGACUAACCGUUAGAGGGUAAGAUUGAGGACCUUAUCAUUACACUGAAGUGGAAUUCAAGAGCUCUUCAGGGGUGUUUUUAAGAUAUCGCUUCCCCUUCUCCAGUUUCUGCCAAAUUCUUGGGUGGGAACCGUCACUGUCCAGAGCCAAUUGUUUUGGUGAGAUCUUUUCAGGGAGCUUUCUUGUACAAGCAGAAAAAAAAUUGAGAUUGAUCUUUUCCUUAGAUUCAAAAUAUCAAUCAAUGAUUUGAAGUAAUGUACUGUACAGUAUUUGUAGCACUUGAUGUUAAAAGACAAAUGAAUGCAGAAAAUGAAACUUCAACUAACUCUGAGGUUUUUUUCUUGUAUAUUGUUUUGUAGGAAAUGCCUUCUUGACUAACUGUCCUUUUUAGUAAUUUAUAUAUUCAUUUUAUUAUAGAUGUUUGUUUUCAAAUUUUCUCUUACUAUGUGGACUGAUUUCUGUAACUGCUAUAAAACCUGACAUUCUUUGUAUACUGAAAAUAAUCAGUGAAUCCAAUAUUUCACUAAAUGUUGUAUCUUUCAUGUAUAUAUCAUCAAUAAAUGUUGAUUCAUAA